AUGCACCGCUUCUUCCGCAUCUACAAGCCUGGCUGGACGAGAGCCCGGUACAAUGGUGCCUUAUGGCUCAACGUCAUCUCAUUCGCACUGCCCGCUCUGUAUGCUACACUGGUCAAGCUGUGGGUUGCAAAGAUCGACUCGCGAAUGGUUGUGACGACAGACACAUAUACGUACAUCACCACCAUGACAGAAGUCGUAAAUGAAGGCCUGCCCCGAGCGGCAUGGUCCACCAUCGGGGACACCACCGCGCCGUACGCCCGCCGCCUGUCCCUCACAUACACCCUUCUUGUGGCCCAAUCCAUCCUCGGCCUCGUCAUGUCCAUAGCAAUUCUCGCUGGCGCCGAGACGUUCGCCCAGGGCUUCGUGCCCAUCCAAGUGCGUCGGCACAGCAUAACGUACGUGCGGAUCAGCUCCUUUUCCGCGCUUAGCAGUGCCAUCGAGGCGGCUGUCGCUGCGUCCACAAGGGCCCUGGAUAGGCCUGAUGUGCCGCUCGUCCUGUCCAGCGUCAAGUUUGCCGUGAACAUCGUGCUGGACAUGCUGCUCAUUUCGACGUUUCGUGUGGGGGGGCACAAGCCUACUUUGAAUAUGCAGGCCGACAUUCAGGUUGCUUGCAAUCUGGCCGCUGCGUUCAGCGGCCUGGGGUACCUGCUUGCCGUAGAGCGACACCGCAACAAGGAAGAUGAAGGAGGAGGAGGAGGAGGAGAAGAAGAAGAAGAAGAAGAAGGACAGCCGACUGUAUCGACACCAUCUAUUCAAGCUCUCAAGGUCCUAGUUCCGCCUGGACUGCCGACUUUUAUCGAAUCACUCGUUCGGAAUGCCUUGUACCUCUGGUUAAUCACCAACAUCACCAGCCUGGGAACGACGUACGCCACAGCAUGGAGCAUUUUCACCACGAUCCGCUGGGGCCUUGUCAUGGUGCCCGUGUCGGCGCUUGAAGCAACAACAUUGACGUUUGUAGGACACAACUGGUGCAACUGGAAGCGCCAGUCUGUUGGUGUAGGCGUUGGCGUGACCAGCGUCAGUCUCCGUAGCUUGGCUGGCAUUGCACGACCGGCGUUCAAGUCGAUCCUCAUCGCGUUGGUCUUUGAAGUUCCUUUUUGUGUGUUGUUUUCUUUGUGGGGGGUAAGACCGUUGGCAAAGUUCCUCAGCGCAAACGACGACGUCGCCGACGUGACAGCCCUUGGCUUCCGUUUUGCUGGCAACUAG